CGCCAAAUUAUUCUGGCCACACUGUGUUUGAGAGCGGCAAUAAGCGCGUAAAUUGUAAACAAACAGUUUCUUCGCACAUCGUACGGUGAAAAGAAAGGUGAUUAGCGCUUCCGAAAAGAUGAUUAAACGACCCUCAAAAAAGGAUAGUGAAAAUGAGAUCCUGCGCAUGCAGCAAGAGUUCUACGCGGAGCAAAACCGGGACGUAAACUUCCAGCCCGCAGCGAAGGUUGUGCGGGUGCAGCGCGAUGGCGAAACGCCGGCAGCCAGCAGUUCGUCGUCCUUGGCCGGUGGAAACGUCCGCCAGUCGGAGUUUGCCAAACGCCGAGCCCAACGGCUGCAGGCCCAGCAGGCUACAACCCCAGCAACCGCUGCGGAAAACAUGGCUACCGAUGAUGAGGCAGAAGCGCCCACCGAAGAGCAACCACCACCGUCGACGGAAUCGUUGGUUAUGGGAGAGGUUGUGGAGCGAAAGCCGGAGCAGACGUUUGCGGCCGAUGUAAUUCCGUCGACGGUGGAAGGGUCGUUCCCGAAGACGAUGCACAUUACGGCAUACCCGGCAAAGUCGCAGGCGGAUGGACCAAAGAAAAGCAUUUUUGCGCAAAUGAUUUCCAAGGGAAAGGCGGCCCAACCGCAGAAGAGUGAAGCGGUCGAGUCGAAAGAAAAGAUCGAGUUUGAGGAGCCGUCUGGCAGCGCACUGCUCGAGGGCUGGGACGCAACGGAAAUACACAAUGAAAACUUACGCAAGCUGAAUCAGAUGUCGAUCGAGGAGAUUAGCAAAGAGAGAAGCCACCUGUUGAACACGCUCGAUCCGAAGCUGGUCGAGUUUCUUAAAGCGCGUAAAAAACCGACUGCUGCUGAUGCUGCCCCGGUUGCUAAGGAACCUGCUCUGUCUGAAAAAGCAAAGGAAAAGUGUAAGCCGGUGGCGAAUGCCGGUCUAGUUCCCGCCGGCAUGGAGGUGCUGAAAGAGAAGGGCUCGGAACAGUGGAUCAACUUUGACGUGCUGGAACCGGAGAAGCUCGAAUGGACCAAGGACAUUGAACGUAGCGUGAAAGAGCUGAAACCGGGUGAAUCGUACGAGGCGCGUUUCGAUUGGAAGGGCGUUUUGCAGCCGUACGUGGCGGAUAUGAACCCGCAGCAAACGGACGACCGGGAGCUGUACCUGCACGGGGAGGACGCUCAACGGCCCGGUUACACGCUGCAGGAGCUGUUCCGCCUGGCCCGCUCGAACGUGCUGCAGCAGCGUAUUUCCGCCCUGGGAGCCAUCGCCGGUAUGCUGAACAUACUGAACCAAGGCUUUUACGAUGGCGUACUGGAGCUGCCCGUUUCGAAGGUGUUCUUUUUCCUUCGCUUUGCGCUGGACGAAAACACACCGUCCGUCGUGGAGGUAGCUUCCCGUGCGCUAGCCAGCCUGUUCUACAACGAUACCGACGAGAUUCUGCUCGAUACGGUGUUCGAUACGGAGUACGGUAUGGUGCAGCCGGAACUGGCACUCAACAUUACGCACAGCCACGAAGAGGAACGGCGACAGCGCGAGCAAGAGAUGGCGGCAGGUUUCGGGGCGAUGAAUCUUAGCGGAGGUAAGGGAUCCCGCCCGCCACGUAAGGCCCACUUUAAGGCGAAUCUGCCCGAUCCGGACGAUCCGGACGAUGUGCACAAUCGUGAGACGAUGAACGAUUUCCAUCUGGCCGAGACGGACCUGAUGGAGUGUCUGGUGCGUACGAACAUACUGGAGCGCAUCCGGUACAUUCUGUUUGCGAUGAAGCCGGAGGGUGCGACCGUCAUCAAUUGUACCAAGAUAUUGAUCCGUUUGGCACGCACCAGCGAGCAGAUGGCGCUGAAGAUUGCGACGAACGAGGCACUGAUCGGUGGGUUGGUGAAAAACUAUCUUACCUCGAUCGAGAGCCCGGAGCGUGAGCAUCAGCCACAGCACGUGGUGUUGAAGUUGGUGCGAGUGUUGUGUGGCUAUGGGGCCCAUUUCUAUGACCUGUACCUGAACCGGUUUCACGUGGUGCAGCUCGCGAAGCGUUACGUCUUCAGCAGGAAGGAUAUCGAUAUGAGAAUGAUUCAAGUACAAAUUGAAGCAUUUCGGUUCUUUCGUUUGCUGUUGGACUGUAAGCCGGACGACGAACUUUACAGCGAUCUUUGGCCCGCCCUGUGCUACCUGCUCCAGUGGCACUAUGAGCAUCUCAUUUUCGACGAGAGUGGCCCAUUUAUCAUCCGCCAGCAUGCCGUCGCCUUGUUAGCCCUAAUUGGCCCGGGGCUGCAGCCGGAUGCAGUUUGCUCCCGUGGCGAUGCAUCGUCGUUUGGCGAAAAACUGUUCGCCUGCUGCUCGAAAUGGUUCACCGCGGCCGAACGGAACGGUGCUAACGAGUUCUCGCAAAAGAUCCUGCUGGCCGGAUGUCUUUGGAUGGUGGGUCGAGCCCGGACAGCGGUUGGGAUGGAAGCGUACAGAACGUUCCGGGCGAAAUAUCUCGCUCCCUUCGUGCGCAGUUCGCGGUUCCGUGAAAUCAUCCAAACAAUAAAUUCAUCUUCGCUACUGCUGACGCACUUUGAAGACCGUUCCCAGUACGGUAUCGAGUCGCUGCCAACGCUGGGUGCGGUACAGGUGCGUCGAAACCAAACCGUCCCGACACUAAUCGUCACGAGCAGCUAUCCAGUGUUUCUGCUCCAUGCGCUACUUCAUCUAACCGGGCAGAAGAAGGAGGAACUGGAGGAGGUGGACACACGAAUGCGGGAAGACAUCUUUGGGAGUGCUUCGCCCCACCGGUCCUACCUGGAAGCAGUCUGCCGACGAACUCAUCAUGUGGAACAGCAACAGAGUUUGAUUGGAAAUUGGUUUGUCCAAACGAUCGAACAGCGCUAUCUGCUUGAUGUGUUGGAGUUCGGUUUGGUGGACUCUCCGGCAAUGGAGUCGGAGAAAAGCGCAGUUCGUUCGUACCGUCUUCAGCUCGCGUUCUUCCUAACCUUCUCGCUUAGUGAAGCGUUUUAUCCCGCAAUCGUGAAGCUGUUUGAUGAUAUCAUUUUCAAGCUCGACUACUACGGCUGCCGGGCGGCGGAGCUCGCCGUUACCGGGGCGGACAUGCAGCGGUGGAAGUUUAACUACAAACUACUGACCCAACGCGCGAUACAGAACGAGGUCAAUCUCGCACCGGCACGGGCCGGAUUAACGGCAGCAGAAUGGAAAACGCCCCUUCUACGGCGCACCUGGCCCUACAGUCCAUUGUACCUGCUGGUGGAAAAGCUGGAGAAAGGUCCGGCCCACCGGCUGGAGCAGCUUACCGAAACCGCCAUCAUUGGGAGUGGGUUGCGGUUCUCCGAGCUACUGGAACGGGCUGGCGGUGUUUCAAUUGCCAGCCCAACCGAACGGUUGAUGUAUCUGAUGGCAGCGUUUCUUGGCCCGGACUCAAAAUUCCUCGAACCGGACCUUUCCGCGCUGAUCGAACGGCGGCUGGCGGAGCUGCGGACCUUCGCCGGGAAGGAGGCAGGACAGCGGAAGGAGGUGUUUGAGUUCGAAACGGCCAAAAUGGAAAACCGUAAAAGCUACUACGGGCUGUACCAGCUCGCGCUGGACACGUUCCAAAGCUCGAGCUACGGGCACGGUGGGUUCGGGUGUCUGCUGAUGGUACCGCUCGCCCAACGGUACGACGUUCGCUGGCGCAACAUGGUCUGGUCGGAGUACGUUGCCGUGCUGCGAUUUAUCACCUGUGGCGAACGGGAGCUGUUUGGUGAGCUGGAGGAGUACUUGGAGCCGGCGGAGACGGACAUCGUGCUGCUACGGUCGUACGGGCAGGCACUGAACUCGAACCUGCUACGACCCGGAUCGAUACCGCAUCGGGUGGCCAAUCACCACGUUCAGGCGUACCGCUCGAAGGUGAAAGUGAUGCCGGAGCAGGAGCAGCAGCAGCAGCAACAGGACAACGGUAGCAGCAGCAGCAGCAGCCGGUGAGCAGGAGCUACUGUCACUAAUGAAAGCAAACGGUGCGAGAAAGUAUCGGGUGCGAUAAAUAAAGCGUAAAUUACGCUGGGCCCUAGUUGGUUGGCCUCUUCGCA